AUGCUCCCAACAAGAAACAGCUUACCCAAUAGACUUUGUAUGUGCCUUUUUCUGUAUGUCCUUGCAAUAUUUCCAUUGAGGAUAGUGGAAUCAAAGGAAAUUACACAUUCCGGAGAAAACAGAAGAGACAACGAAAGAGAGCUGGUAGGUUUUUUAAAUUUUAUUGUGAUGAAAAAGAUUAUGGAAGAGUACGGCACCUACAAGGAUAUAGAGAGGUACUGGUAGUACUUUAUAGAUCCCUGGUAAGAUCUCACCUAGAGUAUUGUGUUCAGUGCUAUACAGCAGAUCUCCAGGAGGAUAUAGAGAGGUAGUGAUUGUACUUUAUAGAUCCCUGGUAAGAUCUCACCUAGAGUAUUGUGUUCAGUUCUAUAGAGCAGAUCUCCAGGAGGAUAUAGAGAGGUAGUGAUAGUACUUUAUAGAUCCCUGGUAAGAUCUCACCUAGAGUAUAGGGUUGUGAUAGCACGUAAAGGGACACUGUAGUCACCAAAACAACUUUAGCUUAAUUAAGCAGCUUUUGUGUAUAUAUCUGGCCUCUGCAGUCUCACUGUUUAAUUCUCUACCAUUUAGGUGUUAAAAUACUUUUGUUUCUGUUAAUGCAGCCCUAAAUGGUUUUACUUUCAAUCAGAUAUAACUUACAUUAAAAGCUUUUAUUUCCUGCUCUGUAAUUUUAACUUUAAUUACAUACAGGAGGCUGCUGCAAGGUCUUGCAAGCUAUUAACUUAGCAGGAGAUAAGAAAUUCUAAAUUAAGCAGAAUUUGCAAUAAAGGAAGUGUAAACAUUAGAUGAGUCUUUAUAGAAAGUUUUUAGGAAGGCUGUGCCAGUCACAUGCAGGGAUGUGUGACUAAAGGCUGCAUAAACAAAGGGAUGGAGUAUAUUCGAGGCAAGGUCUAGUUACCAGCGGGGUACCGCAUGGAUCUGGUACUUGGACCCAUUCUCUUCAAUAUUUUUAUAAGUGAUAUUGCAGAAGGUCUUGAUGGUAAAGUUUGUCUUUUUGCAGAUGACACAAAUAUUUGCAAUAGGGUUGAUGUUACAGGAGGGAUAAGCCAAAUGGCAAAUGAUUUAGGUAAACUAGAAAAAUGGUCAGGGCUGUAGCAACUGACAUUAACGUGGAUAAGUUUAAGACAAUGCAUCCUGGGCAUAAAAACUAAUGGGCAAAGUAUAGACUAUUUGAUAAAAUCCUAACCUCAACAUCUGAGGAAAAGGAUGGAGGGGUAAUUAUUUCAAAUGACUUAAAGGUAGGCAGAAAAUGUAAUAGAGCAGCAGGAAAUGCUAGCAGAAUGCUUGGUUGUAUAGGGAGAGGUAUUAGCAGUAGAAAGAGGGAAGUGCUCAUACCAUUGUACAGAACACUGGUAAGACCUCACUUGGAGUAUAAUAUGCAGUAAUAGAGACCGUAUCUCCAGAAGGAUAUUGAUACUAUGGAAAGAGUUCAGAGAAGGUCUACUAAACUGGUUCAUGGAUUGCAGGAUAAAACUUACCAGAAAAGGUUCAAGGAUUUUAACAUGUAUAGCUUGGAGGAAAGGCGAGACGGGUGAUGUGAUAGAAACAUUUGAACACAAGAAGGGAAUCGAUACAGUAAAGGAGAAGAGUAUAUUUAAAAGAAGAAAAACUAUGACAAUGACAUAUUAAAUUAGAGGGGCAAAGGUUUAAAAAUAAUAUCAGGAAGUAUUACUUUACUGAGAGGGUAGCGGAUACAUGUAAUUAGGGAGUGACUGAAAAUGAUUUUUUAGAGCAGAUACCGAUAAUCUGAACUUUCAGCCAGAUAGCUUACCCAUAUUCUGUACAUUUACAGUUUUGAGAAAAAAUUUUUUUGCAAAUUCUUUUUUAUUUAUUAAGUGGUAAAUGCACAAAAUAUACAUGCAAGUCAGAUUUCUUUUAUGUUUUCAAGAAUAUUUAUAUGUGUGUGUAGUGAAUGCAGUGAGAGUAUUUGAUUAGUAAAUGCUGUGUGUGUUUGUAAAUAUGUGCAGUAGGAACUACCCCCCCACAUUCCCCUUAAUGUUCCUCUCCUUUAUCUUUUAGUGGCCCCUGUGUUCCUUUUCCCUUCCCUGUACCUUAGUGCCCUCCCCCUCCCUUCCCUGUACCUUAGUGCCCUCCCCCUCCCUCCCCUGUUCCAUAGUGUUCUUUCCUACCCCCUCCCUCCCCUGUCCCACAGUGUUCUUUCCUAUCCCCUCCCUCCCCUGUCCCAUAGUGUUCUUUCCUAUCCCUCCCUCCCCUGUCCCACAGUGUUCUUUCCUAUCCCUCCCUCCCACUGUCCCAUAGUGUUCUUUUCCUAUCCCCCUCCCCAUAUUGUUCUUUCCUACCCCCUCCAUCCCCAUUUGCAGUGUUCUUUCCUACCCCCUCCCACUCCCUGUCCACAGUGUUCUUAUCUAUCCCCUCCUCUCCUGUCCACCGUGUUCUUUCCUAUCCCCUCCCUCUCACUGUCCCACAGUGUUCUUUCCUACCCCCUCCCUCCCCUGCCCACAGUGUUCUUUCCUAUCCCUACAGUCCCACAGUGUUCUUUCUAUGGACGUUGGGUUGGCGUUGGGUUUUGUAGGCCCUCCUAUACUGUUCUUUCCCCUCCUCUCCUCCCCUCCCCAUGCUGUUCUUUCCCUCCUCUCCCUCCCCUCCCCCAUACUGUUCUUUCCCCUCCCCAUACUGUUCUUUCCCCUCCCCUCCCCAUACUGUUCUUUCCUCUCCCUCCCUCCCCAUGCUGGUCUUUCCUCUCCCCUCCCCCUCCCCCCAUACUGUUCUUUCCUCUCCCCUCCCCCAUACUGUUCUUUCCUCUCCCCUCCCCUCCCCCAUACUGUUCUUUCCUCUCCUCCCCUCCCCCAUGCAUUCUUUCCUCUCCCCUCCCCUUACUGUUCUUUCCUCUCCCUCCCUCCCCCAUACUGUUCUUUCCUCUCCCUCCUCCCUCCCCCAUACUGUUCUUUCCUCUCCUCCUCCUCCCCUCCAUAGUGUUCUUUGCUUCCCGCACCCAUAGUCUUCUUUCCUACCCCCACCCCCAUCUCUCUCCUCUAUCCCAAAGUGUAACUUCCCAGUCUUGUCUCCCGCAGUACAGUAGUUUCAGUCUCCUUUAUCCGGCAGGACUGACACGAAGUGCUCUCUCAGUGAGCACUUCCUUUCAGUCCGGCCGGGUACAGGAAAAAAGUUCCUAUACCGUGGUGCGCCCAUCUCCUGCCGGUCACUCCAAUCUAGCGCCCCCCAAGCCACUUGUGCCACCUUAUGGACGCACCGGCCCACCUCAUUAUCAGUAUUACCUGUGAUUAUCGGCCGAUACCAAUACUUUAAAAAAAAAAAAUCUGUAUAUUGGCCAAUAAUAACGGCAAAAGUGAUAAUCGGUCGAUACCUGCAUGGAAUAGCCUUCCAGCUAAAGUGGUAGAGGUUAAAACAGUGAGGGAGAUUAAGCAUGAGUGUGAUAGGCAUAAGGCAAUCCUAGAUAUAAGAUAAGGCUAGGGACUAAUGAAGGAAUUUGAAAACUGAAAAGACUAGAUGGGCCAAAUGGUUCUUAUCUGCUGUCACAUUCUAUGUUUCUAUUUAACUUUUACAUGACAGUGAAUUGAACAGUGAGACUGCAGGAGUAUGAUGUAUACACCAGAACUGCUUCAUCAAGCUUAAGUUGUAUGGUGACUAUAGUGUCCCUUUAAUAGAUCACUAGAUACAUUUCACUUAUGGUUUCAUUAUACUAAAUUGUGAGUUCUAGUUUUCAAGGAAAGUAAAACAAAGCAAUACAUGAGCACUGCGCUAUAGCACAUCGGCAAAUUCACUAUUCUCCUAACUGUAUAAACACCAUGCCAGGCAGCAAAGCUUUCAGUAACCACUUUUGUUUAUUGCUUUUGUCUACACAGCUGGUGGAACUGCAAGAUGUUCUCCAAAAACUCCAAAGUAAAAGGGCAUCCAUGUGGGAGCUCAAACUCAACCAAGUUCCUAGGGUGAGUCGCGUCAGGGUGAGACAAUGCACACAGCACCGAAAUCUCUGACUGACAGGGGAUAUAAUAAUCACCAGAUCUCAAUCUGUUUUGUUUUACAGUGUACCAUCAGAGAGCCGUGUGCUGUGAAACGAGGGGCUAGAAUUGGGAAACUCUGUGAGUGCCCCGUGAGAACCAGUUGCAAUUUCUAUUUCCUGAGAUGUCUUUAAUAUUUUGGCUCAGUUCUGGGCCGGUCUACAAAUCCCUAUAACAGCAUCUGUAAGAAUAAUUAUUUCAUCAUAUCAUGGAAACAGUAUAACUGUGCAGACUUCUUUUAAGAAAUAUAUUACAGGACAAUGUGCAGAAUGUAGGCAACAUUAGAGUUUCUCCAUUGGAAUUCCAGAAGUUGCAGAUAGGCUAGCUUUCAGCCCAGUUCUGAAAAAGUUACAACAGAUAUUAGUCAAGUUUACUGAAGAACAGAGUCUGAGUCUUACUGGAAAAUGUUCGUGACCAGCCUGGGAUAGAUUAAACACAGAUGAGUACCCCCGAGGCGGCUUUAGCAAUCUCUCACAGAAAGGGAUUAGCAGCGGCUUCAAGCAGGUGGUUCUGCUCAUUUACAGUCUCAAUCCAUGCAAGCGGGGAGAUGGUGACACACUGUUGAUCUCUUGGAAAUAAAUAACAUUUGCUGUAACUGAUAAAGAUUGAACAUAGAGGAACCUAUCUCAACAUCACAGCAGAAGGAGGAUAUAAAGGAUCUAAAAAAUGUAAAAUAAAAACUAAUGGAAUGGGUUUAUUGACCUCAGGACAGAUUUAGAACAAUGAAAAUGUUGUUGUACAAUCUACUGCUCUUUCAUCCAAUAAAUAGUUUUGUACUGAAUAAAUCAUGCUUAUCUCUUAUGCCACUGUAACUCAGUUUUCUGUGUUCGCAAUUACCACUUCAGCAGGGUUGCCUUUCCAGCAUGGCACUACUCUUCAAGCUACAUCACACUUGCUGAGGUUGUCCUACCCUUAACUCUGACUUUCACACCAUUAUAAUAACUCAUUUGACAAGCAUUGUGACGUUGGCAUCAUAUCAUUAAUGUUGUGCUCCAGUAGAUGUAAUAUAAAACAAUUAAAAUAAAAAACUAAAAACUAAAAAAAAGACGCAAAAUGAACAGAGGAAACUGUUUUAGGUUUAUUGAAUUUUUUUUUUUUUUUAAAUACUAGUCGCUUUGGUAAACUUGAAAAACAUUAACAGCUUUACCGAUACUGAAGAAAUCAGCAAGGUUUGGUUGGUGGCAGAAGAUGACAGGAGAGAUGGGGUGGCAGAGGGAUUAGCCACCAGAUAA